UUGUGCUGACUGGGGGCCCGACGGUUAAUGAUUGGAGUCAGUUAGUCAAGAGAUACACAUAGUGACCUGAACCGGUCUAUUAGGCAAAUUCAACGUGUGUCGACGAUGGUCGUCCGUUUAAACUACUUAUCAUUGUCUCAAUAACCAGUUUUUUAAUGAAAUACUUCAGAUCUUCUGAGGUUACAUUCCAGUGCCUUCAUUUAAAUGGUUUGGUAGCCCACACCUCUUUUUGAAGGCGAUAGAUUUCAGAGGGACAAAAGAAAACGGUCAAAGCGCGUUACUUUAGAUAACUCUUAAUUUCAACAGUUACAGUAGUCUGGUCGUGCAGGGGAACGGAGCCGCAACAUGUUCACCAACAUGUUCACCAACACACUAAGGGUGGUCGCGUCUCCCGUCCACAGAACCAGAAUCUAUCCUCCCAGCCCACAGAGAGGGGACUUCUCAUUCCAGAAGGACAUGGAAAUGCACACAAGUUGCGCUCUCAACUUUACCUUCGCUGUGGUUAACGUUCAGAAGCUCGGCAUGAACCGCAUCCCCUGAGGAAGCAUGCUGCAAGUCUCCUCUCCUCUCAACAGGCCACCGGACAGACAGACAGCCGUCACAGGAGCUCCAGGACGGGACAGGUUAACCCCUCAGUGCGGCGGAGCGGUGCAGGCGCAGCUCGGUAUCGACGCUCUCUGCGCUGGACGGGUUCCAGAUCAUCUGCGGGGACCAGACCCGUGGAGACAUCUGGGAAAUGGAGUUGUUUCCUCGGUCCGGCCCGCCCACAUCAAGGACUACAAAUCCACAAAAUGUACAAUAUUUAGAGUUAUAUGUAUAUAUAUGUAAUAUAUUUAAAUUCUGUUUAGUAUGAGGAAUUAGCUUUCAUAUUUGUGAAUUUUACAUGGCGGAUACUAGAUAAUAUAGCCAUAAUAAGGCAUUACAUUUCCAUCGCCAGACUGCAAAGAGUUAACCAUUGAAGCUGUCGAACCACGUGACUUUAAGGAAGUCCUUGUCAACAAGAGAGUACAGGCGGGUGAGAAGAUGCUGCGAUGCUUCACUUUCACUCUCAUAGUCCUCACGAAGUACUCUGCGUUCUGCACUGAGGGUCCCGGCCUGGUCCCUCCAGACAUGGUGGUCGACCCGGUACCCCCAGACCUGGUGGUCGGGACCCGGGCGGACGAUCCGGUCCCCCCAGACCUGGUGGUCGACCCGGUCCCUCCAGACCUGGUGGUCGGGACCCGGGCGGACGGCGCGGUCCUGUCGGAGUCAGCUGGGUGUGGAUGUCAAAGCCUGAAGAGGGACUCUGUUUUGGACCCCGAGGGAGGCAGGACCUCCUCAUCUGUCAGCCCAGAUGUUAAAUACUCCAGAAUGAUGAACGAGAUGCCCUCAAACCCUCGGGACGAGGACGAGGAUACAACAAGCAAGAUGGUGCUGAUCCCGGGAGGAGAGACCCUGAUGGGGACAGAUGAGCCGGGCAUCCCCCCGGACGGGGAGGGACCCCAGCGGCCGGUGGUCCUGGAUCCCUUCCUCAUGGACACCCAGGAGGUCUCCAACCUCCAGUUCCAGGCGUUUGUCGCCGCCACGGGCUACGUCACUGAGGCGGAGCAGUACGGAGACUCGUUUGUGUUCGAAGGGAUCCUGAGCGAGGAGGUGAAGAAUCAGAUCAGCCAGGCGGUGGCUGCCGCCCCCUGGUGGCUGCCGGUGAAAGGCGCCAGCUGGAAGAGCCCGGAGGGGCAGGGCUCCGACGUCACAGAGAGGCUGCAGCACCCGGUCCUCCACGUCUCCUGGAAGGACGCGGAGGCGUACUGCUCCUGGGCCGGCAAGAGGCUCCCCACGGAGGCAGAGUGGGAGCACGCCUGCAGGGGCGGCCUCAAGGACCGGCUGUUCCCCUGGGGCAACAAGCUGACCCCCAAGGACCAGCACUACGCCAACCUCUGGCAGGGAGACUUCCCCACGCACAACUCUGCCGAGGACGGCUACGCGCAGACCUCACCGGUGAUGUCAUUUCCUGCCAACGGCUACGGCCUGUACGACAUGGUGGGCAACGCGUGGGAGUGGACCUCCGACUGGUGGACGGUGUAUCACACCACGGACCGCCAGCAGAACCCGACCGGGCCGUCCUCCGGCUCCGAGCGGGUGAAGAAGGGGGGCUCCUACAUGUGCCACAAGUCCUACUGCUACAGGUACCGCUGUGCGGCCCGGAGCCAGAACACGCCCGACAGCUCCGCCUCCAACCUGGGCUUCCGCUGCGUCUCGGCCGAGCAGCGCUGACCUUCUGACCUUCACCGUGAUGACCCCUGACCUUCACCAUGGUGACCCGCUGACCUACGCCAGUGACCUGCUGACCUCCAUCACAUUGACCCUUGACCUUUACAAUGGUGACCAUCAGACCUUCAUCAGACCAUCGUCACAACAACAAGCACACUGGAGGCCUCCUUGAG